AUGACGUCUCUUAACAAGAAGGAUGCGAUCGUCAUAGUGGGCGCUGGCGUCUUUGGACUUACGACAGCAUUGAGCCUGCGACGCAGAGGAUAUGAAGAUGUCACCGUCCUUGAUCGAAUGGCGCCCCCAGUGCCAGAUGGAAGCAGCUGCGAUAUUUCACGAAUCGUUCGCAGUGAUUACGCAGAUCCGUUCUACGCCACACUCGGAAGGGAGGCCAUACAAGCAUGGCGGGAUGGUCCUUUUGCCCGUUUCUAUCACAACUCCAGCUUCGUCUUAACAACCGAAUCGCAGCCCGAUGUCUAUUUGGAGAAGCUGAAGGUUCUUCUGCGAGGUCAGGGAGAAACUCUACAGGAUUUUCACAGCACAGCCGAGUUGCAGCAGAAUUUUCCAGCCCUGAGGGAGAUACAGGAUAAUCUGAGUGGCUAUAUAAAUGGCAAUGGGGGUUGGGCUGACGCAGCGGGUUCCAUUGGGCUAUUGGCUUCCAUGUGCACUGCAGAGGGCGUAUCUAUCGUCACAGGCCCCAGAGGAACUGUACUGUCAUUGCUCAUCACAAAUUCGAGAGUUGAAGGAGUCACCGUCGCUUUGGGACCCCCUGUCCGAGGCCGUAGUGUCAUUCUCGCAACGGGUGCAUGGACAAAUGGCUUUCUGGACCUGACAUACGCCAUGUCGUCCUCUGCUCAGCCAGUGGGUUUUAUUCAACUCACACCGGAGGAAGCACAAAGUGUCGCCUCAAUGCCCACCUUGAUCAACAUGACAACAGGAUUUUUCGUCUUCCCUCCCUUCCCUGGAACCAAUAUCCUCAAGGUUGCUCGCCACAGCCACGGAUUCGAGUCCACAGUCCCCGUUCAAGGUACAGACCGAACCAUUUCGGCACCGAAGCGCGACUCCAACAAUGCAGCUUCACAAUUUAUCCCCGAGUCUGCUGAUGCUGCCUUUCGACAAUUUCUUGAACGGAUCUUACCGGGAUUUGCCAAAAAGCCUUGGGUCCAACGACGACUCUGCUGGUAUACGGAUACACCGGAAGGUAACUUUGUUGUAGACCAUCACCCAUCCAUCAGAGGGUUAUUCCUUGCCACUGGUGGGGCUGGACAUGGAUUCAAGUUCCUUCCAGUUCUUGGACGAUAUAUUGCAGACUGCUUUGAAGGGAAGGCAUCGACUCAAGUCAGGGAUAGAUGGAAGCUGAGAAAGGAUCCUGGCGUUCGAGGCCCGUUGGUAUGCAAUGACGGUAGCCGAAGGGGCCCCGAGAAGAGGUUGUUGACGCCAUUUGAGCAAGCCAAACUUUAG